AUGGCAGGUUUUAAAAUAGGUGCUUUUAAAUAUUCGAUUAGUAUUAAUUUAAAAACAUUUUUCCAGACACUAACUACCGUUUCGCAACAAUUCCCGCAGAGUCGAUUCAACGAUGGAAAAGCCGACAAACAGGGCCGAGUCUGGAUAGGCACAAUGGGCUUUGAAAACCCACAAACGCGUUCAUUGGACGCCAACCAAGGCAUGCUGUACAAAAUGACGAAAGACACUCUAAUCAGCCCCAAAGUGGAAGUGGCCCCCGUCAACAUCAGCAACGGACUUUGCUGGAACAAAGCCAACAAUAAAAUGUAUUAUAUCGAUUCGCCCACCCGAAAGGUGGUGGAAUAUGACUUUGAUGAGGAAAAAGGCGACAUUUCCAAUCCCAGGAUAGCUGUGGACAUCACAAAGUUUCCUUAUGUAACUGGAAAUCCUGAUGGCAUGACCAUUGAUCAGGACGACAAUUUGUGGAUCGCCCUGUAUUAUGGCGGAUCAGUCAUCAAAGCCAAUCCAAGAAACGGCCAACUGUUGCAGGUGGUACCGAUUCCAGCCAGAGAUGUAACUUCGGUGAUUUGGGGCGGCCCAAACCUGGACAUUCUCUUCGUAACCACAUCCAGGUUUCACCUGUCCGACACGGAAAGGAAAAUGUAUCCAGCAGCCGGCAGUGUUUUCGCCGUUACGAACCUAAACCAAAAGGGCCUGGUUCCGAACUUUGCUGAUUUGGUGAACAGUGUAAGAAGAGCAAACCUGAUCGCUGAAAUUAUACUGAACACUAACGAACUUUUUGCGCCUACUGUAUCAAACGAAGUGGUCAGCUACGCGCCUGUAAGCAGCAACACUAAUAACAAUCCACAAACAAGGACUGUUGAAAGAGCUGACGUUCCUUUCUGGAUGACAAUGCUGAACACGAUAAGGAGUAUCUUCUAAUUGGAUGAAAUAAAUGGCUUUUAUACGAA